UGGCCGCGCCUUGACUCUCCCUCUCCAAGACCGCUGAGUCGGGUGUUCAUACACGACUCGCCACCAUGGGUCGCAUGCACAGCAAGGGCAAGGGCAAGGCGUCCUCUGCCAUCCCCUACAAGCGGUCUCCGCCCUCGUGGUGCAAGACCACCGGCGCUGAGGUGCAGGAGAUGAUUUGCAAGUUCGCCCGCAAGGGUAUGACCCCCUCGCAAAUCGGCAUCGUGCUGCGUGACCAGCACGGCGUGCCUCUCAUCAACACCGUGACUGGCAGCAAGGUCCUGCGCAUCCUGAAGGGCGCGGGUCUGGCCCCCGAGAUCCCUGAGGACCUGUACUUCAUGAUCAAGAAGGCCGUGUCGAUCCGCAAGCACCUGGAGCGCAACCGGAAGGACAAGGACGGCAAGUUCCGCCUCAUUCUGGUGGAGAGCCGCAUCCACCGCCUGGCUCGCUACUACAAGCGCGUGCGCAAGCUGCCCCCGAACUGGAAGUACGAGUCCUCGACCGCCUCCACCCUGGUGUCCUAAACGGCUAGCUUCUAGCCGUUUGGCGGUACCUGUGGGUUAUGCGGCCGGCGCCGCCGCCCCGGGCUGGCAGCAGCAGGGGCGGCGGCGGCAGCGGCGGGCUGCUGCUCCUGCUGCUGGCGGGUUUAGGAUUGUGCCAAGAGCUGGUGUUUGUUCUUGGAGCGCGUGUGGUGGCGGCGGCAAGCGCGCCCGGACUGGUGUAACGCCUUAAGCCA